AUGCAACGGGAAUUGGACCGGCGAUGGGGCGGUGGCGGCAACCGCAACCGAGCAGGUCAUCAUCCACGCGGUGCUGAUCUUGAGCAGGGAGCCCGAGGGGGCGGUGGCAACGGAGCAGGUCGAGGUGGCGGUGGCAACGGAGCAGGUCGAGGUGGCGAUGGCAACGGAGCAGGUCGAGGUGACGAUGGCAACGGAGCAGGUCAAGGUGGCGACGAUGGCAACGGAGCAGGUCGAGGUGGAGGUGGCGAUGGCAACGGAGCAGGCCGAGGUGGCGAUGGCAACGGAGCAGGUCGAGGUGGCGGUGGCGAUGGCAACGGAUCAGGUGGCGGUGGCGACGGUAACGGAGCAGGCGGAGGUGGCGAUGGCAACGGAGCAGGCGGAGGUGGCAAUGGCAACGGAGCAGGUCGAGGUGGCGGUGGCGAUGGCAACGGAUCAGGUGGCGGUGGCGAUGGUAACGGAGCAGGCGGAGGUGGCGAUGGCAACGGAGCAGGCGGAGGUGGCAAUGGCAACGGAGCAGGCCGAGGUGGCGAUGGCGAUGGCAACGGAUCAGGUGGCGGUGGCGAUGGCAACGGAGCAGGUGGAGGUGGCGAUGGCAACGGAGCAGGUCAUCAUCCAGACGGUGCUGAUCCUGAGCGGGCAGGCCAAGGUGGCGAUGGCAUUCAAGAAGCUGACUUAUGCCACCAUCAACUUCCCGAUAGAUCCUCAAAUGAAGCUCCAAGAACUGCUCAAAAAGUAAAAGAAAGCGAUGCAGCAGAAGAAUACGAAGUGAGCGGCAAAUUGAAGGCUAAGAGUGGUCUAUACAAUUUGACUGUUGUCCUUCUCAAGCUUUUGGCACGAAAGAAACCAAGUGAUGAUGAGCAGCAGGGCGUAUCUUCUGAGCCUUUGUUGAAUGCUGUUGUUUAA